GCAAGUUCAUUGUGAAGAAUGGUUACAAUAGGAGAGGCGUUCACGCCGACCGAAGGGAUCAUCUAUUCUGCACCGGACGUGAAGCUUAAGAUGGGCCCUAAUUUGAUUCCAUCGCCGGGCAUGUUGCAUCUGACUGAAAGUUCGUGCAUUUGGAGCUGCGAGGAAAGGAAUGCGAGCAUCAGCAUUCCGUGGCCCCGUGUCGCAGCACACGCCAUUUCAUCCGUGCCGGGCGAAGGCAUCUUUCUGAUGGUGGAUGUGAACAUCGUUUGGCCCGGUUUCUACACCGGCUAUCCAGAGAAUAAUGGUGAUGCGCAUCCGGACGAGGUGGGCGAAGAGAAUGACGAAGGGCACGAUUCGGAGAUAUCUGACGGGGCCAUUACGGAAAUGUGGCUCCAGCCAACAAGCCGAGAGAUUGUGGAUCAAAUUUUCAGUGCCAUGCGGGAGUGUCAGAUUUUGAACCCGGGAUCGGAUGUAAGCGAGGACGAGGACUACAUGGAAGCGGAAGAGGAUGAGCUGGAGGAGGUUGAGGAUAUGCGAAAUUUGCAGCUGGAUGAUGAGGAUAAAUUCGCUGACGCUGAAGAAUAACCAUCGGAUUUGGAGCGGAA